AUGAUUAUAUAAUAAAAUGAAGAAUAGGAUAUUUUUUAAAGAUAGGAAUCAAAUGAUACUGAUUAAAAACUUAAAAGUUCUUAUGUGUCAAAUGAUUUUAAUGAAGCUGGAAAUAAUAGUCCAUAAAAUUCAGUUGAUAUAAAAUAAAUACAAGCACCAUAAAUUAAUUAAAUGCCUAAAGUAAUGGUUAAUGCAAGCAGUUAUUAAUCAAUACCUAUGAGUUCAUAAUUUAGAUAUUAAGAUGAUUAACAAUCAUAAAAAAUGAAAACAGGACCUAGUGAUUAAUCUAAAAUAACACCAGGUUAUACUAAAUACAUGAUUGAAGAAUCAAAUUAAUAAUAUGAUUAUGUAAGAGGUAUGUUCACAGAAGAUGAAAUUAAAGAAGCAUUUAAUUUCUUAGAUAUGAAUAAAGAUGGAGGAAUAACAUCUGAAGAUUUAUCAUUUUUUUUGGAUUUUAUUGGAGAAAAAGCUACUUCUGAAGAAAUAGAAGAAAUGAUAAGAAUGUGUGAUAAAGAUGGAAGUGGAGAAGUAAAAUUUGAAGAUUUUAAAAAUCUAGCUGGUGGUUGGUCAUUGCCAACUUUAGGUUAGGCUCAUCCACCUACAAAAGAAUUAGUUGAAAAGCGUACUUAAAUCAAUUAGACUAUGAUGGAAAAAGAGGUUUAAGAAGUAGCUAGAAAAGGUAAAAUAACUCCUUAAAUGGUUGAAUAAAUAAGAAAGAAUGAAUUGACAAGUCCAAGAUUUGGUUAGGAUGAAUAAUCAAAACUUAUGUUCUAAUCAAUUAAUAAUAUAGCAUCAUAAAAGAAAUAGAGAUAAGUUAUAGGUUAGAAUUUAAAAGUAAUUCGAUCUGAUGAGGGUUAAAUAACUUAAUAGACAAAAUAAAAGUCAUCUUUAAGUUAGAGGGAAAUUAUGCUUUAAAGAAAAAAUAAUGCAAUAAGAUUUGUAAGAGAGAAGAAGAUUGAUUAAGCUUAUAUUUUAGAUAUAUUUGAAAAAAUAAAUAAGUUAGAUAUUAUGGAAUCAUGUACAUAUGAAGAUUUCAUUCAUUAUUUAGAUAUUUUAGAUAGUAAUAAUAAAACAAUAUUAAAGAUCAUCAAUCAAAAUUAUUAUUUAAUUCAAUGA